ACAAUAUUCUCCAACACAACAAGAAAAUUAAAGGAAACAAAGAAAUUUAGAAUUUUGUCACAUUUAUUCAUUAAUCAAACCCUACGAAAGACAGAUUAUACAGGGAGAAGCCUUACAUUGAUCCGUUUAUUUUUGCUUGGUCGGAUUUUUGUUUUGCUCUGCUUUAAGCCCAGUGUUCGUCCUCCCUCUCUGGCAGCUUCUUUAUUUUUUUUUUAGCAAAAGCUGCGAUAGUACACCAAUAAGGCAAUAAUAUCAACACCGAAUCAAAAAGCAGACCAGAAUUUGAGAAACAGGAAGAAGAAGGAGGAGGAGGAAGAGGGUUACAGAGAUCUGUGAGUAUCAACCAUGGGGUGAGAGCGAUGCGAUGGCAGCUGAAGCUGAUUUUUAGUCACAGCUGCUGAUUCAAGACCCAUAUGCCAGAUUUCUGCUACUAGGUUCAAAUUCAGCUCUGGAGCUUGGUUUGUUGAUCAGGAAGGUUGAUUAGGUAGAAGAAGAGACCAAAGUGAAAGCCAAAGAAUCUUGAGACUUGGAGUUAUUUUGAAAGUGUUUGUUCUGUUUGGCUGAAGUCAUGACGACUACCUCGCGGACAAAUUCUAGGCGCAUGUAUUCAUGGUGGUGGGAUAGUCACAUUAGCCCAAAAAAUUCUAAAUGGCUUCAAGAAAAUCUUACAGAUAUGGAUACCAAAGUGAAACAGAUGAUCAAGCUUCUUGAAGAGGAUGCCGAUUCGUUUGCGAGGAGGGCUGAGAUGUACUACAAGAAGCGCCCGGAACUUAUGAAAUUGGUUGAAGAAUUCUACCGGGCGUAUCGAGCAUUGGCAGAAAGAUAUGAUAAUGCAACUGGGGUGCUUCGUCAGGCUCAUCAUACCAUGGCUGAGGCAUUUCCUAACCAGGUACCAUUUGAUGAUUUGCCUGCAGGUUCAGGUAAUGAGGGUGAUCCACGGACGCCAUCACCUAUACGUGCUCUUUUUGACCCAGAUGAGUUGCAAAAAGAUGGCUUGGGGCUUUCACCUCAAUCAGGUGGUGGCAGAAGAAAUGGAGCAUUUACAGAAGAAUCGAACUUGGUUACGAGUCGGAGGGGUUUGAAGCAGUUUAAUGAUAUUUUUGGUUCUGGGGAAGGAAGGGCAAAGAAAGGCCUGAAUUUCCACGAUCUCGAGGAGAAUGAGCGAAAUGGGAGGAAUAAUCUCAAGGUUUCAGCUACUGAGGCGGAGAUUGUGGCCUUAAAGGAGGCUCUGGCUAAAUUAGAAGCUGAAAAGGAAGCUGAUCUACUUCAAUAUCAACAGAGUCUUGAUAAGCUUUCUAAUCUCCAGAUAGAAGUCUCUCGUGCACAAGAGGAUUCCGAAAGACUAAAUGAUCGAGCCUCGAAAGCUGAAACCGAAGCCCAGAAUUUGAGGGAAGCCCUCAGAAAACUAGAGACUGAACAGGAAGCUAGUCUUCUAAAGUAUCAACAGUGUCUGGACAAAGUAUCCCUUUUGGAGAGUAAUAUCUUUGACAUUCAAAGAGGAGCUGAAGACCUUACUGAAAGUCUGAAGCAAGGCCUUGCUGAAGUAGGAGCUGAAAAGGAAGCUGUACUUGUUCAAUAUCGAGAGAGUUUAGAAAUCAUAGUGAAACUAGAGGAGAAGCUUCUUCAUGCAGAGGAAAGUUCAAGAAGAUACAAUGAACUAGCUGAAAAAGCUGAAAGUGAAUUGAUUAUCCUUAAGCAAACAAUCGAAAAACUAACCGAAGAAAAGGAAACUGCAGCUGUCCAGUACCUGCAGUGCUUGGAGAAGAUUUCUAAUCUUGAAUAUCGACUUUCAUGUGCUGAAGAAGAGGCGGAAAGGCUGCAUCGUGAAAUCAAUGACGGAGUUUUAAAGUUAAGAACUGCUGAAGAGAAGUGUCUUUCAUUGGAGACAUCAAAUCUGGCUCUGCAAUCUGAGUUAGAAUCAUUGGUACUGAAAAUGGGGUCUCAAAAUGAAGAACUCACCGAGAACAAAAAUGAACUGGGAAGACUUUGGAAUUGCGUACAGGACGAGCAUUUGCGGUUUGUUGAGGCCGAGACUGCUUUCCAAACGUUGCAAGAUUUGCAUUCUCAGACGGAAGAGGAGCUGCUAUCUCUUGCUGCUGAGAUUCAGAAUAGGACACAAGUUUUAAGGAACCUAGAAAUUCAAAACCAAAGCUUGAUUGCUGAAGUUCAGGAGGUGAAGAAUGAAAACAGGAAGCUUGGUGAACUUAAUAUGUCGUCAGCUCUGUCGAUAAAAGAUUUGCAAGAUGAGCUGUCAAGCUUGAGGGAGAAGAUAAGUAAACUUGAAGCGGAGGUAGAACAUCGAACGAAUGAACGUAAUGCCCUUCAGCAAGAAAUCUACUGUCUGAAAGAAGAGAUUAAUGAGUUGAAUAAGAAAAAUGGGGCCAUAAUGGAGCAGGUGGAGUCUACAGGCUAUAGUUUAGACAGCUUUGGAGCAUCUGUUAAGGAACUGCAAGAUGAGUAUUCAAGGAUGAGGGAAACCUGUGAGACAGAGAAAAGUGAGAAAGCUGCUCUCUUGGAGAAGUUGAUUGUUCUUGAGAAACUUGUUGAGAAAAACUCCUUUUUAGAAAAUUCCAUUUCUGAUAUGAGUGUCGACUUGGAAGAGACCAAGGAGAGAGUAAAGAUGUUAGAAGAUUCUUGUCAAUCUCUGUUGGGAGAGAAAUCAGCUCUUUCUUCUGAGAAGGUUGCCCUGACUUCUCAGCUACUAAUUACAACUAAGAAUCUGGAGGAACUCUCAGAAAAAAAUAUACUUCUCGAGAACUCCCUUUCUGAUGCCAUUGCUGAACUCGAAGCAUUACGGAUGAAAUCGAAGGAUCUAGAAGACUCCUGCGAAUUACAUGUUCAACAGAAGUCUGGCCUCAUUACAGAGAGAGAGAGCUUACUAUGUCAGCUGGAGACCUCCCAUAACUCACUGGAAGAUCUGGAUAAACGAUUACGAGAAUUGGUAGAGAAACAUUCGGUGCUCGCCAACGAAAGAGAAUCUGCAUUUUGUGAAAUAGAAAAGCUGAAGGCUUAUUUGGAUGCAGAAAAACAAGCUCAUUCUAGUUUUACUGAAAUCAGUAAGAAACGGGUAGCUCAUAUGGAGUCGCAAAUGCAUCUAUUACAAGAAGAACGCGAUCACUGGAAGAAGGAAUAUGAGGAAGAGACAGACAAAGAUAUAAAUUCCCAGUUUGUGAUCUUCAUCUUACAGAAUUGCAUACAAGAUAUGAAGAAUAAUAAUCUCUCUUUACUUGUAGAGUCUCAAAAACUUUUAGAGGCAUCCGAGAGAUCAAAAGAAGCCAUCUCUGAAUUAGAGCUCGAAAAUAUUAAAAGACAGGGGCAGGUUCAAUCCUUCAUGGAGAAAAAUAAAUUCCUGAGGACAGGGCUUCAACGGGUAUUGAGUAUUCUUGACAUCGAUGCAUACCCUGGAUUCGAUCACGAGACUGAGCAAGAUCAAACACUUCUGAACCAUAUUUUUGUCAAGAUUCAGGAGAAAGAAAACUCUAUAAAUGAAAUUUAUGAUGAAUACUAUCAGUUAGUGAUCGAGAAAUCUAUUAAUGAGAAGUUCCUUCUGCAACUGAAAGAUGAAGGUGCUAACAUUUUGAUGGAAAGGGAUGCACUUUGUCAGGAGAACAGAGUCCAAUCUGAAGAGAUCUUGAUUCUCCAGAGUAGGAUUGUGGAGUUGAAUGAAGAACUGAGGUUGAAAGUAAUGGAGGGUAGCUAUAAAGAACAAACGCUCAUGACAGAAAUGGAAAAUGUCCGCAGGAAUUUGCAUAAUGUGGAGGAAGCUUACCAGAUUUUAAAAGUAGAGAAUUCCAAUGCUCUUAAACAGAGGUAUCAACUAGAAGAAGAGAACAGUAAUAUGUUCAAUGAAACAAUAUUUCAGAGUCAACUUUUCCUCAUUUGUAAAGAUAUCAUCUCUGAAAUUCUUGAAGAACUGAGAAAGCUUACUGAGUGUAGGGAUAAACUCCAGUUUACAAAUAAUGACCUUGAAGAGAGAGUGAAAGAUGAACAAACGAUGAACUUAGAACUCACAAUGCUUUUGGAGAGGUCACGUAGUGAAGCUGAAAAGUAUUUGACAGAGAAGAACACGCUUGAUCAGGAGCAUAGGAACCAAUCUGAACGAUUAUCGACGCUCCGGGCCGAGAUGGAGAAACUUCUAGAGCUGAAUGAGGAAUUGAAGUUGAAAAUAGUGGAAGGAAUUCACAAAGAAGAAGGCCUAAUGACUGAAAUGAAGAAUUUAUGUAAGAAGCUGCAGGAUUUGGAAGGGGCUUACCAGAUUCUUCAUGAUGAGAGUUGCAAGGCGAACAAAGAGAAACAAGAUUUAGAAGAAGAAAACAUUAAUUUGUUCACUGAAAACAUAUUUCAAAGUGAACUCUCCUUUAUUUACAAGGAUGCUAUCUCAGAAAAUCUUGCAGAAUUGAGAAAGCUUACUGAAUGCAUGGACGAACUCCGCUGCAGAGAAAAUGACCUUGAAGAGAGAAUGAAAUUAAUGUUAGCAAAGUUGGGAGAUGAACAAACAAAGAACUUAGAACUCAGGAAUUCCUUGGAAAAGUCACAGAGUGAGGCUGAAAAUUACCUGAUGGAAAGGAACAUGCUUGACCAGGAGCUCAGCAAUCAAUCUGAAAUGAAUUCAAUACUACAGGGUAAGAUGGAGAAACUUCUGGAGUUGAAUGAAGAUAUUAGCUCAAAAUUAAUAGAUAGCAAGCACAAAGAAGAAUUACUUAUGACUGAAAAGGAGAAUGUAAGCAAGAAGCUGCAAAAUUUGGAAGGGGCUUAUCAGAUAUUACAUGCUGAGAAAAUCAAGGCACUUGAGGAGGAAAAAUCCUUGAGAAAAGAAAUCUUAGGCUUGAGGGAAGAUAAACAUGAAUUAGAAGACGCAAACAUCGAUAUGUUCGGUGAAACGAUAUUUCAAAGCCAACUUUCCUUUGUUUACAAGGAUAUUGUAUCUGAAAAUCUACGAGAACUGAGGAAGCUCGUUGAGUGUAUGGAUAAUCUCCAAUCCACAAAUAAAGACCUUGAAGAGAGAGUAAAACUAAUGGAAAGAAAGUUGGGAGAUGAACAGACGAAGAAUCUUGAACUCGUUGAGUCCUUGGAGAGGUCAAAAUGUGAGAUCAUGGAAGUAGAAACAAUGAUAAGCUUGAAGGAAAAUGAAAAGUUGGAGCUCCGUGAAAUGGUGGAGCGGCUAUCGACGAAGUGUAACGAGUUGGAGGGGAUAAACGACGAACAAAAGAAGCAGAUGGACAAAAUCUCUUCAGAUAAAGAUUUCCUGGCAAUGGAAACUGAAUUUCUUCACGAAGAGAAUCAAAAAAUGGAUUCGAAGCUAAAGGAGAUGCAAAAGGAAGCUGAAAAGAAUAUAUUCAGAGAGAAAAGUUUAAUAUCUGAACUUGACAUGAAGAACAAUGAAGUUCAAUCAUGGGAAACUCAAGCUGCCAUUUUCUUUGGUGAGCUGCAGAUUUCUGCUAUUUAUCAAUCAAUUUUUGAAGCCAAGAGUCAUGAGCUAACAGAAGCAUGCCAGAACCUUCAAGACAGAAAUACCUCUAAAGAUGUAGAGAUCGAAUUGCUGAAGGACAAAAUUAGUAGUUCAGAAGGAGAAAAUGGAAGAAUGAAAACUCAGUUGGCCGCAUAUGUUCUAGCUAUUCAAUCCUUGAAGGAUUCUAUAAAUUCUCUUGAAAGGCAUGCUAUUUCUUUGACAAAAACGCAAAAAGUUGACGACCAAGAACUGAAGGAAUCUGGUUCUGCAAAUUCCCAGCAUGAUGAAAGCAUCCAGCAGCCACGUGGUGAUCAAGUUCACCAUGAUGGUUCAGUUGAGCUGCAAGAUUUGAAUAGGAGGAUUCAAGCAAUUGAAUUAGCAUUUCAAGAAUUUGCACUAGAAAAGUGUAACGCCAAUGCCAAGCUAAAGAAAGUAAUGAAGGAGAUGGAACAGCUAAAAACUGGCCGAGAUCGUAGUCGUGUGACCAAGGACAAAUCAAUACUCCAUGGACAAGAGCGUUAUAAUCGAUCACAUUCAAAGUCUGAAAUUUAUGAAGCAGGAAAUGAAGUUCUGACAAAAGACAUCCUACUUGAUCGGAUUGCUGACCAUUCAUCCUAUGGAACCAGUCAAAGAGAAACUGCAGCAGCUGGUGAUCGGAUGCUUCAGCUGUGGGAAUCAACUGAUCAAGAUGGCAGCUACAACCGGGCCAUUGGCAAGGCUCCUAUGCUAGCAAGCUCAUCUACCGAAUAUCACCGGGUUGGAUCGACCAGGAGACGAAGUAGCAAGCACCUUUCAAAUGAAUCAUUGAUCGAGAAGGAACUGGGUGUGGAUAAACUAGAGAUCUCCAAGAGACUUUCUGAACUCCCACAAGAAGGAAACAAGAGAAGGAUUCUAGAAAGACUAGACUCUGAUGCUCAGAAAUUGGCAAAUCUUCAGAUAACUGUACAAGAAUUGAAGAAGAAGAUGGAGAUUACAGAGAAGAGCAAGAUAGAAAAAGGUACUGAAUAUGAUACAGUGAAGGGGCAAGUAGUAGAAGCUGAAGACGCCAUCACCAAGUUGUAUGAGAUGAACCUUAAACUCACAAAGAAUGUUCAAGAUAGUUUUCAGGCUGCUGAUGGAGGAGGCUCAUCCACACUGGGGCCAGAGGAAAAUGAGAAUAUCCAAAGUAGGCGAAUUUCAGAACAAGCACGGAGGGGAUCAGAGAAGAUCGGGCGGUUGCAGUUGGAGUUAAAGAGGCUACAGUUUCUAAUAUUGAAACUUGAUGCUCAAAAGGAGGCCAAGGGAAGAACUAAAGUAUCCGAGCGGAGUCCGAGAGUUCUUCUACGAGACUAUCUUUAUGGCGGGACGAGAACCAAGCAGAAGCAAAAGAAGAAGGCUCCUUUUUGUGCUUGUAUGAGACCUCCAACAAGGGGUGAUUGAGGCAUUGAUUUUUAUCUGUGAAAUAAUCAAUUCUAGUUUAGUGAAAAGGAAAUAUCACUUGGCUCAUCAUCUAUCAAUCUUUCUUUGUUUGUAUAGAGAGGUUUUUAUGUUACCUUAGCUUUGAGAUUAUGCUGUACAUGAAAGGCUGCAUCUAAUCAGAGAAAGCUACUCUUUUUAGAGGCUCUUCAUUAUCUAUAGAAUUUUGCAGAACAUUUUUAAUAA